AUGAAUUACAGCUCCUGUCACUGGAUCUUUGUAUGUCUCUGUAUUUUAACUCCAAGAAUAUGCAUCCUGGGGAAUCAGUCUAAUAUUGAGGCCAACAGGAAUGACAAACUCUCACUGCCUGGCUUUGAGAAUCUCACAGAAGGAUAUAACAAGUUCCUCAGGCCCAAUUUUGGUGGGGAACCUGUUCUAAUAGCACUGACUCUCGACAUUGCCAGUAUUUCUAGUAUUUCAGAAAGUAACAUGGACUACACUGCCACCAUCUACCUGCGGCAACGCUGGACAGAUCAACGGCUGGUGUUUGAGGGUAACAAGAGCUUUACUCUUGAUGCUCGUCUUGUGGAGUUUCUCUGGGUCCCUGACACCUACAUUGUGGAAUCCAAAAAGUCUUUUCUACAUGAAGUCACUGUGGGGAACCGAUUGAUUCGCUUAUUCUCCAAUGGAACUGUCUUGUAUGCUCUCAGAAUUACUACUACUGUUGCAUGUAACAUGGACCUAUCUAAAUAUCCCAUGGACACACAGACGUGCAAGUUACAGCUGGAGAGCUGGGGUUAUGAUGGAAACGAUGUGGAGUUUACAUGGUUGAGAGGGAAUGACUCCGUCCGUGGCCUAGAAAAUUUACGACUGGCUCAAUAUACUGUGCAGCGGUAUUUCACCUUAGUCACUAAGUCCCAACAGGAAACAGGUAAUUACACCCGACUGGUCUUGCAGUUUGAACUUAGGAGAAAUGUCCUUUAUUUUAUUUUGGAAACCUAUGUUCCUUCUACUUUUUUAGUCAUCUUAUCCUGGGUUUCUUUCUGGAUCUCUCUUGAUUCAGUACCUGCAAGAACUUGCAUUGGUGUUACCACUGUACUGUCAAUGACAACACUGAUGAUCGGUUCUCGGACAUCUCUGCCUAACACCAACUGCUUUAUAAAGGCCAUUGAUGUAUACUUGGGAAUCUGCUUUAGCUUUGUUUUUGGAGCCCUGUUGGAAUAUGCAGUUGCCCAUUACAGCUCCUUACAGAAGCUGGCAGCCAAAGACAGAGGGACUUCUAAGGAAGUAGAAGAAGUCAAUAUUACUAACAUCAUCAACAGCUCCAUCUCCAGCUUCAAGAGAAAGAUCAGUUUUGCCAGUAUCGAAAUUUCCAGUGAUAAUGUCAACUAUAGUGACCUGACAAUGAAAACCAGCGACAAGUUCAAGUUUGUUUUCAGGGAUAAAAUGGGUCGAAUUGUUGAUUACUUUACAAUUCAAAACCCUAGUAAUGUAGACCAUUACUCCAAAUUAUUAUUCCCUUUGAUUUUCAUGCUAGUCAACGUAUUUUAUUGGGCAUACUACCUAUAUUUUUGA